ACAGCCUACGCCCCCCUCUUCCCGUGGGGCCGGCACCCGCGACCCCCCGCCCGGGGCGGAAGUGACGAGCCCCGGCUCAUGCCAAAAUGUCGGCGCCCAGGGGGAGCUAGGCGUCCGUGGGACUCGGCGGGGAUGGAGCGCUAUGGCACUGAUCUGCCCGGGGGACUGGGCACCGGCUGGGCAGAGGAGCCCGGGCAGCCCCCCGGCCGGGCACCUGGCACCAUCGAGCGCAUGGUGCCGUGCUUGGACCCGGAGGACAGCCCCAACGGGCUGGCGCCAACCCCGCUGAUGGACAAUGGGGCGGGCGCCCGGGUGCCCUUCCACUGCUCCGAGUGCGACAAGAGCUUCCGGUACCGCUCGGACCUGCGGCGCCACUUCGCCCGGCACACGGAACUCAAACCCUUCCAGUGCCCGCACUGCAGCAAGAGCUUCAAGCACUCCUUCAACCUGGUCAACCACAUCCGCAGCCACACCGGCGAACGCCCCUACCGCUGCACCGUCUGCCCCAAGGGCUUCCGUGACUCCACCGGCCUGCUCCACCACCAGGUGGUGCACACGGGCGAGAAACCCUACUGCUGCCACGUCUGCGAGCUCCGCUUCUCCUCCCGCAGCAGCCUGGGCCGGCACCUCAAGCGCCAGCACCGACCGCCCCCCGGAGGGGGCGCCCCCGAGCCGCCCAGUGCCACCCGCUGCCUGGAGCGCCUGUGCGGCCAGGGGCGGGCGGCCCCCUAUGGCUGCGGGGCCUGCGGGCGCCACUUCCGGCUGGCACCCGAGCUGGGGAAGCACUGGCUGGCUCACACCGACAUCAAGCCCUUCAAGUGCCCCGACUGCGAGCGCGACUUUAACGCCCCCUCCCUGCUGGAGCGCCACAAACUCACCCACGCCAAGGACCGACCGCUGCUCCUACCCUGCCAAGGCUGUGCGGGCAAGGGGGCCCCGGGGCAGCAGGAGCCGCAGGGGCCGGGCUGCCCGGUCUGCAAGCCCCAGGACACCCGCCCCCUGGACAGCUUGUACCAGUGCGAGUGUGGCACCUUCUUUGCCAACGCCGGCGCCCUGGCCGCUCAUCUGGCGGCGCACACGGGCGAGGCCUCCUUCGCCUGCGGCAUCUGUGGCAUGAGCUUCAGGGCCCUGCCGCCCCUGGAGUCCCACCAGCUGAGCCACGCCAUGCUGCUGCCCCCGGAGGGUGCCCCCCAGCCGGUGGCGACGGGGCCUGUGCCGCCAGCUGGCGGGGAGCUGGAGCGCCACCUGCUGCCGCGGCUGGAGCUGCGGGCUUUCCCCGCCCGCCCUGGCAAGAAGCUCUACAAGUGCACGGAGUGCGAGAAGUUCUUCCGCAGCCCGCGGGACCUGGACCGGCACGUGCUGGUGCACACAGGCGAGAAACCCUACCAGUGCACCGAGUGCGGCAAGUUCUUCCGGCACGAGUGCUACCUGAAACGGCACCGGCUGCUCCACAGCGGGGAACGCCCCUUCCAGUGCAGCGUCUGCCACAAGGGUUUCAUCACCUUCAGCAACCUCUCCCGCCACCUCAAACUGCACCGUGGCAUCGACUAGCUGGGCGGGGCCCCUGGCAGCCCUGGCCGGCCUGCGCGUCCUGCCUCCCACCUCCGGCUCUCCCUGCUGGCGUAGCCACAGGCCGGCAUGUUCUGCUCGGGUGCCCUCUUGGUGUUGGGCCGCGCACACCGGUUUGUUAUUGCAGGGUCUCUGGCACAUGUCAGUUUGUUAUUGUAGGGUCACUCAUGAGCGCUGGGCUGGACAGAUCAGUUUGUUAUCGUAGGGUCUCUCUGCAUAUGCUGGCUUGUUUUUGUAGGGUCACUCAAGCACUGGGCUGCACAGAUCGGUUUGUUAUUGUAGGGUCUCUCUGCACCUGCCGGUUUGUUAUUGUAGGGUCUCAUUGCACAUGCUGGUUUGUUUUUGUAGGGUCUAAUUACAAAUGGCAAUCUAUUGCUGUAGAGUUACUAAUGAGCGCAAGCCAGUUUGUUUAUUGCAGGAUCACUCAUUAGUGCUGGGUUGUACACAAUGGUUUGUUAUUCUAGGGUCUCAUUGUACACGCUGGUUUGUUAUUGUAGGGUCUCACUAUGUAUGCUGGCUCGUCAUUGUACGGUCCCUCAUAACCUUGGGACUGCACAGAGAAAUGUUAUUAGAAGGCGUUGGGACUGUGUGGGCCAGUCUGUUAUUGCAGGGUCUUUUGAAAGUGCUCACGCCGCUGUGUGCCCUAGGCUAGUUAUCAGGGGGUUGGGUUCAGCCCUGCCCUCGCUUCCAAGGGACAGAAGACCCAGCAGGCACUUAGAAUGAAUAUAUUCUAUGGGGGAGCUAUCAGGGGAGGGAUAGCUCAGUGGUUUGAGCAUUGGCCUCCUAAACCCAGGGUUGUGAGUUCAGUCCUUGAGGGGGCCAUUUAGGGAUCUGCGGCAAAAUCAGUACUUGGUCCUGCUAGUGAAGGCAGGGGGCUGGACUCAAUAACCAAGGUCCCUUCCAGUUCUAUGAGAUAGGUAUAUCUCCAUAUAUAUAUAUAUAGGGAUUCUGCACUGAGAUUAUUGCCUGCACUGCCCAGUAUCCCCACUAGGGGUCUCUGUACAUCCAGGGCCAUAGUGUCUCCUGGACACUAUCCCUUCCUGCAUUGCUCUGCUCAGUGGUUUUGCCCCAUGUGCCCCCAUCUCUGCCCUGUGACCCCCUGUCAGGGACCCUCUCUCAUCAGUUCACACCAGCUCCAUGGACUCAAUGGAGCUACAUCCGAUUUAUUCCAGUUUAUGAAUCUAUCAUCUAGGGAGAGCAGAAUAUUGGAGCUACGGGGGGAAUUUUAAGGCCGUGGCUGGAGGCUGCCCCAGAGACUAGGCGGGGCCUUUAACAUACAGACUCGGACCCAAUUGGACCAGAAGGAAUCUCCAGAUUCUUCCCUGCACCGCGGUCCGUGCGAUACCGACCCAGGCAGCCUCAGCUGCCACACUGCCAUCCAGCCCGUGUGGAGGCGUCGGCUUGGAUCCCACCGCUGACACCAAAUCCUUAGUGAUGGCCAAGACCCCUUCACAUGCACACACAUCCUAGUCCGCACUGGUGACUGGAGAACCAGCAAGCCUGUGAGCUUGGAUCUAGCCCUGCCUGUCUUUUCGACUGCAAGAUGUAGGGGUGUCACUCAGGCGCCCCCUCCUCCAACCUUCCACAUGUCCUCUCACCCAGCUACAUCCUGGGGGAAGGGAUAGCUCAGUGGUUUGAGCAUUGGCCUGAUAAACCCAGAGUUGUGAGUUCAAUCCUUGAGAGGGCCAUUUAGGGAACUGGGGUAAAAAUCUGUCUCGGGAUUGGUCCUGCUUUGAGCAGGGGGUUGGAUUAAAUGACCACCUGAGAUCCCUUCCAACCUUGAUAUUCUAUGAAAAGAUGCUUCUCUCCCAUUGCACGCUGGUGUGUUAUUGUAGGGUCUCUCAGUUGUGUGUUCCACACCCUUUGGUUAUUGUAGGGUCUCUCAUAAUGCCAAGGGUCACACUUGUU